UGUGGUGUGCGGUGCGGUGUGGGGUGUGUGGUGUGGUGUGAGGUGCGGUGGCGUGUGGACCAAUCGGAACCACCAUCGCCCCCGAGCCACCACCGCCCCGGUUCGCAACCCCGCCACGGGGGUUCGCUCCCAAGAAGAACAGGAAGGAGACCCCCGCAGGAGCAACCCCUGUAGACCCCCUCGCCGCCUUGGCGAGACUGGGCCCCGCGCGGACCCCCUUCCCGGGCCCUCCGCGCCCCCCGGGACCCCUAAACCCCCGAUUCCGGGCCCCGGGGUUCGUGAUGCUGGUGCCUCGGAUCGAGACGGGGCCCUCGGGGCGCGCGGGGCCCGGCUGCGGAGUCAAACCCGAACCCGACGGGGACGCAGCGAGUGCGGCGUGCGCAGGUUGCGGGCGGCUCAUAGCCGAGCGCUUCUACCUGCUCGCCGUGGGACGCACCUGGCACCUGCGAUGCCUCAAGUGCCGCGACUGCGAGAUCGCCCUCGACACGGAGCUCAGCUGCUACGCGCGCGACGGGGGCAUCUACUGCCGCCAGGACUACUACCGGCGCUUCUCAUCGCAGCGCUGCUCGGGCUGCGGCUCGGGAAUCCCGGCCUCGGAGUUGGUGAUGCGAGCGCGCGACUCCGUCUUCCACCUGCGCUGCUUCCGCUGCGCGGCCUGCGAGCGGCCGCUCACGCCGGGCGACCACUUCGGCAUGCGGGGCAGCCGCGUCUACUGCCGGCCACACUUCGAGUCGCUCCUCCGCGACGAGAGCCGGGACGACGCCGGCGGGGGCGCCGCGUCCGCCGGCGGCGGUGGCGGCUCCGUCGUGGGGGGCUCCGUGGCCGGAGCGGCGUCCUCCCUGCUCAUGCAGGGGGGCCCCGGCGGAGGGGUCCUGGGCGGAGGAGGCUGGCACGAGGUCGGGCCAGGAGGCUCCCUGGGUCACGGCGGCGGGGGAGGCGGGGGUCCACCCCCCGUGCACGGCAGGGGCCGAGGGUCGGCGCAGAGACACCGCCCGCGCAAGCGGAAACCGUCGGCGGCGCACGGGGCGGAGAUUCUGGAGUACGGGCUAGGCUUGGGCUGCGCCGACCCUGACGGCUGCCAGGACGGGGACUUGGGCUACCCACAGUCACAGAAGUCCAAGAGGAUGCGCACCUCCUUCAAGCACCACCAGCUGCGUACGAUGAAGUCGUUCUUCGCGCUCAACCACAACCCGGACGCCAAAGACCUGAAGCAGCUCGCGCAGAAGACGGGGCUCACCAAGCGAGUGUUACAGGUGUGGUUCCAGAACGCUCGCGCCAAGUUCCGAAGGAACCUCCUGCGGCCCGAAGAGGGGGGGGGGCGGGGCGCGGGCAUGGACAAAGGGUGCGGGGGGGAGGGGGGCGGCGGCCCCCCCCACCCCUCCCCGGGGGGCGGGGACCUUUCCAGCCCCCCCCUGAGCCCCGCCCUCUCGGUCACCACCCUCACCGACCUGACCAAUCCCGCGCGGCCCACGGUCACCUCCGUCCCGGGCGUCGUCCAAUCGGCGAGCCCGCCCCCGCCCCACCUGCUCGCACGCCGCUUCUGAUUGGUCUGGCGGGUUUUGUGUGGGGGGGGGUUAGAGUGGGGGGGGGGGCGAGGUUUCAUGCUCGUUGUGAUGUCACUCUCCGGAUUACU